GUCCCCGGCCACCUGGCUGGCCCUGCCCAGGCCUGUUGCAGCUCUCUGACCCCAACUCCAGUGGGCAGGGGCUGGGGGGCUAUUGGGAGUGGAGGGGUCUCAGAAACAUAAGCAGCAUCAAGAAGCCCAGAGACCACCGUAGGCCUUUGGAGACUGAGCUGUCCCCACGGGGACAGCCAGCCCUACAGGGACAGGAGGAAGGCCAGAAGACUGUCGGGGGCCACUAAGGCCCACCUCUCUUCUCCAUUUCCUUUUUCUCCUCCCUCCUAACUGCUGCUUGCUGAUUGCAUGGGAACUUCAGGUGGGCAGGGAGGAGACACUGGGGGGUACUGGCUGGCAGAGCUAUUGUGGUGGGCAUGGCUGCCCCUUGCCUGGGACACCAAUCUCAGCUGCUCUGUGCUGGAGGAUCCCCCUGGCCUGGCCCCGUAUCCGGGCCCCGUAGGCUGCAUCUCCUUCUCUCUGCCCAUAGCUGCCCAGCGGGCUGGGCCUCCCACCGCAGCUCUCCACGCCCAUAGCACAGCUCCAGGGGACGUGCCAGACCCAAGGAGCACCUGUCCUCUGCCAUCCUACCCUGUCCAGGGUGCCCCCGCUGGCAAGCCUUCCCCCUGGGUGGCAGUGGGGCGGGAGGAAGGUCCGUAGCUGCCUCUGAGCUUCCCUGGGCUCCCAGAAAGCUGACAGCCAGGUGGGCGUUGAGUGGAGGGAGGUGAGAAGACACGUCCCCCACAGUCCGUGCCCUUCACUGGCGCCCUUCUAAUCCGUCCUCCCUCUCCUUCACAGGCCAUGAACCUGGACCAAGUCUCCAAGGACAAAGCCCUGCAGAGCAUGGCGUCCAUGUCCUCCGCCCAGAUCGUCUCCGCCAGUGUCCUACAGAACAAGUUCAGCCCACCCUCCCCUCUGCCCCAGGCUGUCUUCUCCACCUCCUCACGGUUCUGGAGCAGCCCCCCGCUCCUGGGGCAGCAGCCUGGACCCUCUCAGGACAUCAAGCCCUUUGCACAGCCAGCCUACCCCAUCCAGCCGCCCCUGCCACCGACACUCAGCAGUUACGAGCCCCUGGCCCCGCUCCCUGCAGCUGCUGCCUCUGUGCCGGUGUGGCAGGAUCGCACCAUCGCCUCUUCCCGGCUGCGGCUCCUCGAGUAUUCCGCCUUCAUGGAGGUGCAGCGAGACCCUGACACGUACAGCAAACACCUGUUUGUGCACAUCGGCCAGACCAACCCCGCCUUCUCGGACCCACCCCUGGAGGCAGUGGAUGUGCGUCAGAUCUACGACAAGUUCCCUGAGAAAAAGGGUGGACUGAAGGAGCUCUACGAGAAGGGCCCCCCUAAUGCUUUCUUCCUUGUCAAGUUCUGGGCGGACCUCAACAGCACCAUCCAGGAGGGCCCGGGAGCCUUCUACGGGGUCAGCUCCCAGUACAGCUCAGCCGAUAGCAUGACCAUCAGUGUCUCCACCAAGGUGUGCUCCUUUGGCAAGCAGGUGGUGGAGAAGGUGGAGACCGAGUACGCCAGGCUGGAGAACGGGCGCUUCGUGUACCGCAUCCACCGCUCACCCAUGUGUGAGUACAUGAUCAACUUCAUCCACAAGCUGAAACACCUGCCCGAGAAGUACAUGAUGAACAGUGUGCUGGAGAACUUCACCAUCCUGCAGGUGGUCACGAGCCGAGACUCCCAGGAGACCCUGCUUGUCAUUGCUUUUGUCUUCGAAGUCUCCACCAGCGAGCACGGGGCCCAGCACCAUGUCUACAAGCUUGUCAAAGACUAGGCUGCGCCCCACCCCCACCACCGGGAUUCAGGACAAACAUCUUUUCCACACACCUGCCUGGCGUGCCCGGGGGUCCAGGGCUGAGGAUUCAUCUGCCUGCCAGGCCUCAGGACCAGGACCCGGGAGGCCUCCCCACGUUACCCCAGAGCACACACUCCCUGCCACUGUUCUGCGCUUUAACUGUGGGAGAAGAGAGGGGAGCUCAGAGGUGGGGCAGCCUAGCUGGGAUGCCAACGCCAUCACCCAGUUCUGCCCAGCCUCAGAUGAAUGGGAGGACACUUUUGGGCUCAGGUGUACAUGGCCACUGGCCCCUCAGGGGAGUGUGAUGGGUGGGUGAGGGAAGACGAGGGGAGGCGGAGCACAGGCCAGAGAGGAGUGUGGAAGUGGGGUCAGGCUAAGAAGAGAAGGGCCCACACUCUUUGUACUUGGCUGUGUGCCAGACCCCCUGUGUGCCUGGUGCACCCUCAGACCCUGCCAGGCAAGGGUGGGUCCCGGUGUCUUGGAUGAGGAACCGUGUGGUGGCGGGCAGAGCUGGAGCUCUCGUCCGGGACUGCCUGCCCCCAGAGCCCAGGUUUUCACUACCUCCCUGCAGCGCACUGGGCCCAGGGGGCUGGGGAGAGGCUGCACCCAGGGACUGGGGCCCGCUGGGUUGGGGACCCCUUGGCAGGAGGAGAAGCUGCUUCUGACCAGGCACAAAAGAGGAGCAGCAGGUACUCGGCACAUGUCAAGCACCCUCUGUCAGCCCGCAAUCUAAUCGGGGGGCCUCGGCGGCCUCCUGCUCGACCUCCCCCAAGCCUCCCUGGCCCAGAUCCUUUGUCAAGUCCCCUAGCAGCCUCCUGGUGGGGGAAGGCUCCCGGGGGACAAGCCCAAGCUCAGAAAUAGGCCGGAGGGUCAUACAGGAAGAUGGAGACCCAGCCUCUGGGCGGACCCGUGGCCCAGGGACAAGGGCCAGCAAAGGCUUUGAUGUCUUGUCUUGCCUGAGACUGUGGUUCACCCUCGGUGGGUGCCGCUGCCUGUGUUGUUCCUCACCUCAGUCUCCCCGCCUGGAGCAGCAGCCCCCAGACCCAGGUCUGGGACUGAAGGUGAGCCCUGCCUGCUGCCUCUUCCCAGCACCCCGGCCCCUCAACCGCAGGUAUUUAUGAGUUUCACAUGAAGUACUGUGUCCUUCCCUCCCUUACCCCGCCCUGUCCCACCCCACCCUGCUCUGAGCUUCCCGAAGAUCCUCACAGUUUGCAUAUCGCUCAGGCCACCUCCAAACCCAACCUAGGUUUUAUAAUGUGUAUUAUAUAUUUUUUGUGUAUUUUUUAAAUCCAGCUGUGAUGGGUUAUAUCAUAAAUGUGGCACAGGGCUGGGGCAGGCGCCCUCAAGGCCUGCUCCAAAAAAGAAUUAAAGUUAUUUGUUUGUGGGUGAGUCAUGUGCCAGACUUCUGGGUUGGAACAGCUUCAGAUGGGCGCUCCUAGGUUAGGUCCUGGUGUGUCACCCUGCCCCAUCUUUGCUGGGGGUACCCCAAGCCCUACCGAUACUCAGAACAGGCAUGAUUCUGGGUCCGUGAAAGCUAUCCAGCUGCAAGCCCCUCGCGCCACGAGCUGAGCAGUGAACUGUGCCCAGAGCUGCCUGAGCUUUUCUUGCUUU